GCAGCAGCAGCAAGCUGCCAGCAGCCACCACAGGAGGGGUUGUCGGGGGUGUGUUUGAGUGAGCGGCUAGUCCGGUCUCCCAGGCGCUGAGCAGCACCCAACACAUCCUGGAGCGAAACCCACUGCUCCCUUCGCCACUCCCGCAGCACUCACUUAGCCAUGGGGCAGAACGAUCUGAUGAGCACCGCAGAGGAUUUUGCAGACCAGUUCUUGCGAGUGACAAAACAGUACCUCCCGCAUGUGGCCCGCCUCUGCUUGAUCAGCACGUUCCUUGAAGAUGGCAUCCGCAUGUGGUUCCAGUGGAGCGAGCAGAGGGACUACAUUGAUGCCACAUGGAACUGUGGGUACUUCCUGGCCUCCAUCUUUGUCUUCAUUAACCUUUUUGGACAGCUAAGUGGCUGCAUCCUAGUGCUGAGUAGGAACUUUGUUCAGUAUGCCUGCUUUGGAUUAUUUGGCAUUAUAGCACUCCAGACAAUUGCGUACAGCAUUUUAUGGGAUCUGAAGUUUUUGAUGAGGAACCUUGCUCUGGGGGGUGGUCUGCUGCUGCUGUUGGCUGAAUCACGGUCAGAGGGGAAGAGCAUGUUCGCAGGAGUCCCCACCAUGCGGGAAAGUUCCCCUAAGCAGUACAUGCAGCUGGGUGGACGAGUGUUGCUGGUCCUCAUGUUUAUGACGCUGCUGCAUUUUGAUGCUAGCUUCUUUUCGAUCCUCCAGAACAUCGUGGGCACAGCCUUGAUCAUCCUUGUGGCUGUUGGUUUCAAGACAAAACUGGCCGCCUUGACCUUGGUCAUCUGGCUCUUUGCCAUCAACAUCUACUUCAACGCCUUCUGGACCAUCCCAGUCUACAAACCCAUGCAUGACUUCCUCAAGUACGACUUCUUCCAGACCAUGUCCGUCAUCGGAGGCCUCCUGCUGGUGGUGGCCCUUGGGCCUGGUGGCGUGUCUAUGGAUGAGAAGAAAAAAGAGUGGUAGAAAUAGGAGGGGCAGGGUAAACACAUCAUCUCGGUGUCUGGGGACUGACUUUUUCAACAUGGGUUCCGUGGGGGAAUACAACCAAACUGCCAGCAUCUUAUGUAUGUGCCCAACAAUCCCUUCUUAAAGGGCACACUUUUUUUUUUUUUAGAAUUCAUGAAGGCACUGAUAAUCUGAUAACUAGAGCAUUCUUCAUCAAGGAAUGUAUUAUUUUUUUUUGCCUCGAAAUACUGUUCUGCUUUCUUUUGUAAAUCUCCAGAAAUUGAAACAUAUAGAAGCUGGCUUGCCAAGCACCAUGUGGGCACUGUAUUUGCCGCCUUUACGUUUCCUUAAUGGUUUUCUAAGACGCAUUUUUUUAAAAAAAAACGAAACAAAAACUACUGUGAUCCGAUAUUCCUGUUUGUAUACUUUUGGUGUCAAGGUGUUCCCCACGUCUUUUUUUUUUUUUUGCGUUCUUGUUGUAAUUAAAGAAGUCGCCUCCCAGAUUGAGCCGUGACUAUCUGAGCGAUA